AUGGGAGAGUUCAGCUGCAGCACCAUGAUCACGUCCUCCAUCCCUGAGGCCAAGGCAUUCGAGGCCAUUGUCAAUGCCAACAACCUCAUCUCUGGGGUCCUCAUGCCAAUCCUCAAGAGCGUUGAGUUCGUCGAGGAGUUCACUUCCAUCGAAGGCAACCGAGACAGGACAAUGAAGCACAAGGUCGAGGCCCUGGACAAUGACAACUUCACCUACUGCUAUUCAAUCACUGAGGGCGACGCGCUGGGAACCACCUUCGAGAUGAUCACCUACUAG